AUCCAUAUAGAACACAGCUAAAGUAUAACAGUUGUUGUUUGUUAAACUUCUCAGAUUUAUUUAAAAUGUCCGGAAUUAAAGAUCAUGUCAACUUUCUGGGUUACCCUCUACCACCAGGUGUCUCACUUUUAGUGAAAUCCUUGAAAAAGUAUGAUAUUUCUGUGUUCGAGCGACUGGUAACAGUUGCAGUUGAGAUGUCAUCGGAUACAAAUCCUACAAACCACAAGUUUUCAAACCUGACCAAAGGAAUUUCGAAAGAAGCUAUCAACCAUAUUUAUCCCGGUGUGUUUACAAUAAUUAGAAAAGCCAUGAGAACACCCAAAAAUUUACUGAAGAAAAAUGUUUUCGAAAACGAUCUGAAUGAAAUAAUGCUACCGACAUCAUUUCACGCUCCACUGAGCACAGCUUUGUUCGGUGAUGCACGUCCUUCGUUAGAAGACAAUGCACAUCAACAGUGCCCUCAUGUGGCAACGUUAUCCAAGCUUCGUUGGCGCGUAGACGUAGCGAUAUCAAACGCAUCUUUAAACAGAGUAAUGGAACCAACUAUAUUGAUCACAAUAACCACAGAUAAAGGAGAAGAACAUACACUUGAAGUAUCAAAAGAAAAAUUCCACCAACUCCGGUAUUCUGUGCUUGAGGUUUUAAACUACAUGCAGCAGUUGGAGAAACGAUCAAUCUUUCAAGUUGAAACUUAAAUGUUUAAUAUUUUUCAAACAUUACAAAAUAUAAAAUUAAAAAAUUCAUAUUUAUUUUGUCUCUAGUUAGUAAUUGGCAUUUUGUAGCUUUUUUGAUUAUUUAAAAAUUGCUUUUCUGGUAAACAAUAAUAAUACUAAGGUUUAUUGUACCGUAGGCGCCAAACCUGGGGUGGCAGGGUGGGCAGGCCAACCAUAAAGAUUUCUACACUGAAUUAAUCAGUAAACAUUACAAAACAACUAAUAAGUUAGAUUUGUUUCACAUGAAUGUGUGUCUAGUUAUCCCUGCCUUCCCUCUCCCUGUGUUUAUAAAAGUUAAGAGCCUAUUCUACCAAACUUUUUAAUUGUCUUUUAAAUCGCUGUAUUUUUAAAUAUGUUUACAAUAAACCUGAUGUAUUAUUUUACAAGAGAAGCAAUUUUAGAAGCAAUUAUUGUGGCAACAGAAGUAAUAUAUUUUUUAGGUUAAUAUAAAUAUUUAAAAAAAUUAUUUAACCAACAUAUUUUAGUUAAACACCUGAAAAAAUUAACAUACGUAACAAAUUAAAAACUUAUGAUGAUUAGUUUCUAUUGCCUUUUUUCCCCAUUCUCUCACUUUCAUUAACUCCCUUUUAAAUGAUCAUUGAAGUGAAUAUUUUUCUCAUAAUGUUGGGGUAAGAAGGCCUAUGUUUUCAUUCUUUUUCCUCGUCUCAUUUUGUAAUAGACAAAAAAAUAUUUAAUGGAAUAUAAAACUGUAUCCUCCUGGCUAUAAAAGAGAAUUGUUAACGCGAUUAGGAAAUAUAAGAUGAUACAUCGAUAUCAAGCUUUUCCCACAAUAUACAAUAUUUUUUACUGUAAUUAAAACUCAUUUAAAAAUCAAAAAAACUCAUUUAAAAAUCUUUGCCAUAAAUUUGUUGUCAUCCAAAUGACUUUAUGUUGAUUUACGUUCACAUUCGUGCAAUACAAUAAUAUUACAAAAA